AUGGACGACUUUGCGAGCGAAACAGACAGCGAUUACACGAGCUACUGGCGGGACUGGUUCAUAUCCUCCCGCGGCAAUGAAUACUUUUGCGAGAUCGACGAAGAGUACCUCACCGACCGGUUCAAUCUUACGGGCCUAAACACCGAAGUUACAUACUACCAAUAUGCGCUGGACCUUGUGACGGACGUAUUUGACUUCGACUGCGAUGAUGAGAUGCGGGAUCAGAUCGAGAAGUCAGCACGGCACCUGUACGGACUGGUGCAUGCCCGCUAUAUCGUGACGACAAGAGGUCUUGCAAAGAUGCUCGAGAAAUUUAAGAAAUCCGACUUCGGCAAGUGCCCACGUGUUAUGUGCGAAGCGCAACCUCUCCUCCCCAUGGGCCAGUCCGACGUGGCCAAUGCGAGCGCCGUGAAGCUCUACUGCGCCCGCUGCGAAGACCUCUACAACCCCAAAUCCUCGCGACACUUUGCCAUCGAUGGUGCCUACUUCGGUACCUCAUUCCAUAACAUCCUCUUCCAGGUCUACCCGGCGAUGCUGCCCCCAAAGAGCCAACGGCGGUACGAACCCAGGGUGUUUGGAUUUAAGAUGCAUGCCAGUGCUGCGCUGAGCAGGUGGCAAGCCGAGCAAAGAGAAAGUAUGAAGGAUCGGUUGAAGGCAGCAAGGAUCGAAACGGGGUUCGAGGAUGAAGAUGAGGAGGCAGAGGGAGACAGUGAGGAAGAGGAGGACGAAGAGAUUUCCGAGGAGCUUCACGCACAGAUGGUAGGAACCGUUGCCGCGGCAGUCGUGCAACGACAUCUCCAACAGCAGCAUCAGGAUGCCCUCGGCCAACAACGCCUCGGUGGGCAGCAAUAG